CUUCCUCGGGCUGCUCUUCUCCCCGCCCACUCCAGGGUUCUUGCCGCAGCUGCAGGGAGCCAAACCCCGCCCCCUCGUCCCCGCGUGCAACCGGCUGACUGGCGAAUGAGACUCGGCGUCCUCCCGGCAAGCCCAUUGUCUGCAUUGAGGCGCCGGCGGGAAGCGCGAGAGGAGCGAAGCCAGCAGCGUCGACAACCUUCCCCGCGAGACGCGCCCGGGCGCUUACUUACACCCAGAGCAAACCAGAAGCACCGCAGGAAGGAAGCUGCGUUCUGGCGCGAUGCGGAGCGCUGGCAGCCGCUCUGCUGAAAGACGGAACCAAGGAGUAGCCCCGGCUCGGGACCUCUGCAGCUGCUGAAAGGAGAAAGAGGCUAGGCCGCCUCCGGAGACUCCCAAGUUUGCCCUGACAGGAGGAGCCUUUACUACCUCUUCCCCACCUAUGGAGACUUUGAGCGCCGUGCGGGCUAAAGUGGGAGCCAGGAGCCCUGUUGGCUGCGAGGCGGCAGGGACCGGUGAACCCCAACCCAUUUGUUCUUCGGGUCCUGCUAGCCGAGGCUCUCCCGCACCGCCGGCCUCGGAUUCCCCCGCUUAUAGACUUGAGGACCUGGAGACCUUGGCUACUGUGGGGACAGGCACUUUUGGGCGGGUUCACCUGGUGAGAGAGAAGGCUGCUAAAUGCUACUUCGCAUUGAAAGUAAUGAGCAUUCCAGAUGUUAUUCGGCUAAAACAAGAACAACAUGUACACAAUGAGAAAUCUGUUUUGAAAGAAGUGAAUCAUCCAUUUCUGAUCAGAUUAUAUUGGACUAAUCACGAUGAUCGAUUUCUAUACAUGUUGAUGGAAUAUGUACCUGGAGGUGAACUUUUUAGCUAUCUACGCAAUAUGGGACGUUUUAAUAACAGCACUGGACUAUUUUACUCUGCAGAGAUAAUUUGUGCAAUAGAAUACCUCCAUUCAAAAGAAAUUGUUUACAGAGACUUAAAACCAGAAAAUAUUUUAUUAGACAAAGAGGGGCAUAUCAAACUUACAGACUUUGGCUUUGCUAAAAAGCUUGUUGAUAGGACAUGGACACUGUGUGGAACACCAGAAUAUCUUGCCCCAGAAGUCAUACAAAGUAAAGGUCAUGGAAGAGCAGUAGACUGGUGGGCCCUGGGCAUUCUGAUAUUUGAGAUGUUGUCUGGAUUUCCCCCAUUUUUUGAUGACAACCCAUUUGGAAUAUAUCAGAAGAUUCUAGCUGGUAAAAUAGAUUUCCCCAGGCACCUGGAUUUAUAUGUAAAGGAUCUUAUUAAAAAGCUUCUUGUGGUUGACAGAACAAGACGACUAGGAAACAUGAAGAAUGGAGCUGAUGAUGUAAAGAGACACCGAUGGUUCAGAUCUAUAGACUGGGAUGCUGUACCACAGAGGAAGUUAAAGCCUCCUAUAGUGCCGAAAGUAUCAAAUGAUGGCGAUACAUCUAAUUUUGAAGCUUACCCUGAAGAUGACUGGAACAAAAUACCACCAGUACCUCCUAAAGAUUUAGAAAUUUUCAAAAACUUCUAAAUGUGUGAUACGUCAAAUUAUUAAGAAAUUGAAAGAAGAUUGGUGUGAUAGGUGAAAACUGGAAAAGAAGAACAGAAAAUACUUCCAAAAAUAUCUUGAAAAUGGAUAUUACUGCAUUAUGCAUAGAUUUUAUAAAGAAAAGUAGUAUAGAAUUGGCAUUCAUUCAGUUAAAAAGAUACUGAAGCACCUACUCUGAUGUGUAGAUACAGGGAUAUAGGGUUUCUAAAUUUGAAUUUAGUUUUGUUGUCCCCAGAUUUUAUUUGCAUACUUAUUUCAUACCCGAGUUGUAUAAAUUGAUACUAAAAUUGUCCUGUAAAGCACAAGUUAGUGUAUAUUUAUAUAAAGAAAUCAGUAAAUCUAAAGCACAGAAACUGUGCAGAAAUGUAAAUUUUUGUAUUUUACAGAGUCUAUGGUUUUUAUUCUUAAAUGUUUUCCAAGAUGCUGCAAGAAGUAAAAUAGAUCUUGAAAUGAUACAUGUUUCAGCAUCUUCUAUACAUUUUAUAAUUCUUUGUAAAAAGAAAUAUAUAUAUAGGUUUCAAGAAAACGGUAAAUUUCCAGUGCUUUACACCUCCAGCCAUACAUCUUGAAAGCUGAAAAAUAAAAACCUUGCACAACUUAUUGUGCUAUUUUUCUUUUCAGUGUGCAUUAGAUUUUCUUUUAAAAUUACGUUAAAAUGCCAUGACUAUAUAUCUUAAUUCUUCAUGAUUGCAUACUGUAGUGAAACAAAAUACUGUUAAUGGGAUUAGGUUUUGUUACCCUUUCAGGUACCUGAAUGUCAUCAAAACCAAGUUACCUAUCUAAACACAGAUGUAUACUGUAUUUUUAGGAGUAUAAUACGCUCCGGACUGUAAGAUUCACCUACCUUAUUUUAGUGAGGAAAACAAGAAAAAGAAAUCUGCCUCUGCCUCCCAGCAAUUUUGCCUUGUUGCAGCAAACAGCAAACAGACUGAUUUACUUUCAUUUUCAUUUUCAGCAUAGCUUGAUUAGCACAAGAAAAAAAAUCUGCUCCCAACAAUUUACCUCUUUGCAGCAAGCAGUAGAGGCCGGCGCAGCAAUAGGCAAUGGCAAUGCCUGCAGCCUGAAACAGCUGAGAGUCGGAGACAAUCAACUUGUGCUAAUUAGGCUGUGCUGAAGCUGAAAUGGGCUCUUUCUUCUUGCUGCUUGCUGCAAGGAGGUACAUUGCUGGGAGGCAGAGGCCAA